AUGUCCGCUCGCUCGUGUGUCCGUCGUCGCGGAUGGAUCCGCCCGUCAACGCGCGCGCUCGGUCGACCCGUCCUUUCUCCCUCCACCGCAGAUUCUCCACUCCUCCCCGACGGUUCCUCGCCUCCUCGCGCGCCGUGCCUCUCCGCCGCGACGGAGCCCGAGGUCGAGCUCCGCCCCACCUCCAGCAUCUCCAGCGCGCCGGAGUCCCGCCCGCCCCCAACUCGCGAGCAGGCAGUUCCACCUCGCCGCUGCCCUCACGCCACGUCCGCCCGCUCUCUCUCUCGCGCGCGCGACGCGCCGCCGCUCGCCCACCGGAGCAGGGCGCCGCUCACCGGACUCUGCGCGCUUGACGCCGGCGCCACUGCCUCGCUCUCGCCGCGCUCGGACAACGUCCUCCCAUGCGCCCGGCGACCGCACCGGCGCCACCGCCUCCCUCUCGCCACGCUCGGACAGCGGCCUCCCCUACGCCCGGCGCGGAGACCGGCUCGAGCGCCAACCUCUCGCCGCGCUCGACGGCGCGGUCUCCCCUACGCCGGGCGCGCGGACCGGCUCGAGCGCCGCCCUCUCGCCGCGCUCGACGGCGUGGCCUCCCCUGCGCCCGGCGCGCGGACCGGCUCGUGCGCCUCCCUCUCGCCGCGCUCAACGGCGCGACGCCGUGCGACGCUGACUCUGCUCGGCUGUACGCCUCCCCUCCUCGACGCCCGAUUUGCUGCUCGUCCGUCGCGCAUUCCUUUUGGGGCACAUCUAUGGAAGUUCAGGCCUUAGUUCUUUCAGCAUACCUUCAAGUUUGUAGAUCAGGUUUAGAGCAUUCCUGGUGGCUACUGGGUUGAAGAUGAGGUGAUCUUAUACAUGGUAACUAAUGCACAAACUUGCUUGACAUAGGCUCUGAUCCUGAUGCUAAAUGGGAAUUUUUGAACUAGACUAGAAAUAAGAGCAUCAGGUUAGGUUUCUGCAUUAGAAAGAAGCUCAAUACCUACAUAUCAGGUAAUACAUUAUUUUAAUUAUCCAUUUUGAGUGUUUGUCCCGCUGAAUUUGAAUGCAAAAUUACAAUAAUCUCUUCAUAGACUAAAUAUGUUCAACUACAAUAUUUUUGAAAUAUGAGUCAGUGCAAACUUAUAUGGUGUCACACUUGAUAUGAGAGAGUGAUGGCGUAUCUGAAUUGUUUAUCACAGAAACUGUGAAGGAAAAAAUUGGCAUUUCUGAAAUGAGCUAUGCUUGGGUGUUGAUAUUUUUUAUUUCAUUGGGAAAGAAGAGGACUUUUCUGUGCAUUUUCAUCCAAACUCAAAUAUCCCAUUGUAAUGUACAACAAAAAAAGGUGUGUAUAAUAUAUAUGCCCCCAAGCACUAUAUAAUAUAUGCAUUAAUGUUAGUUGGAUUUGUGUUUGCUAUAUCCUAUAUGACAGCUAAAUGAACUAGACAGAUACACUGAAUGGUAACUCGGUAAGUGUUUGGUUUGUGUCAAACUAAGAAAACUCAUGACUGAACUAACUCAAAGUUUAAAUUGCUGAAAACCAGCAAUCAUUCAAACAAGUCAGCUUGAAUAAUCUUUGCACUUACAUAUCCAGGUUCACAUGUUUGCAUAUUCAAACAAGUGUACACAAUUGUAGUGUGGUAAGGUGGAUUCGGUGAUCUGUUAGAGCCGGACCAUGUGAUUCGAAUCUCUAGAGGAUUGGAGCUUCUGUUAGCCAUUAGUCACUGUUGUAACUUGUAAGAUUUUAAGUUGUAAGUCUAAUAUGGAGGAAGAAGAGUACUUGUGUAUCUGUGUCACAAUCAAGUUAGUUAUAUUUUAUUGAUUGAGUGUUCACAGGUUUA